AUGGUGGACGCACAGGAUGCCGGGAGUAAGCUCUUCUCCAAGAGCCGCUGGAAGACCAAGAUCUUCGAAAAGACCAACGAACUCGCCGCCGCCACGCAGCCCAAGACGAAGCCGCCCUCGGACGACCACGACAUCAACGACUUCCUCAAGCCCUCGACCGACCGCGCCGCCCAGCAGCAAAAGGACGCCGCUGCCGCCGCCUCAGCCUUCCUCCGACCCCGCAUAGACGUUGCGAGCGCCCAGCGAUGGCCCGGCGCACAGACGAUCCUGAACAGCGCAGCUGCUGCCGGAAAGAGCCCAGGGCCCGGCGGUCUGAAGACAGGCACGCGCAAGAAGGGCUUCACCGUGAGCUUCGUGCGCACAGUCCCCGAAGUCAUAGGCCAUGGCGGUGACGAGUGCGAGGACCCCGUUGUGGAAGUCGCGAAGAACAAAAAGGCAGCGACGACCCCGGAACCAGAGAAGGUGCAAUCUCAGACGCCGCAGGACGAUGCAAAUCUGGGAGCGCGCAGCAAUGGCAUAGGCAGGACCCCCUCGCAGACUGAGUACAGGACCAACCUCACGAGAACGCGGACGAACCCCGGCGAGCUGUCCCCACCACUCGGCCAGAAGAUGCAGAUGGGUCAGAUCAACACCCACGCUACGCAACUGCCACCCACACCGCCGCGCUACAUGGGAUCUAUGGGCUUGGGAGACCGACCAAAGGGCCUCACCAGGGCGCCUACUGGCUUUGACGGAAUACCAGAGCCUAUAUCUAUCCCUCCGGGAAGGCGACCCAGCACCAGCGAGGACUCUGUGUAUUCACAGGAUUCGGACAAUCUCUCACCUGUCAUGUCGAGGAAUAUGUCAGUACGCGAACCCACUAUCCAAGAAGAGGACGACUUCCAGCCAAAGCCGCUUAAACGCACGCAGACUGGCUUCAGUACUCUGGGUGACGACGAUCUGCCCUCGCCGGUGCAUUCGAUACCUUCGGUGCCCAUGAUGCCAGAGAGACAUUUGGCUGAGCAGGAGGACGACGGCCCGAGUUCGUUCGCUGCGAGGGUGAAACAAAAGAUGCGAUCGGAAGAGGGCAGAACACUGCAUGAGGCGUCGCAACGGGCAGCCUCGGGUCAAAGACGGGACUCCGAGACCAGUUCACAGCAGUCCCUCCCUCUAGCAAUCUCAGGACCUCCCAGCCAGUUGCCAUCUCGGAAUGCAUCUGGUGCCAGUACCAGCGCCAAACCCGCUGCUCCUCUCGCUCGUUCGGAUACGAGAUCUGCGAAUGAUUCUGCAUACCGGGACUUUGCCGAGCGCAUCACGCACAUGAGAGGCAUCUUCCAGCUGACAGCUCAGCUCGGGGGCAACCUCAACAAUCACUCGCCGAUGCAAUGGCUCAGAGUCGCUACUUGGUGGUUCUUGAAAGGACGUACUGGAAUGGAGAACCUGAUAAGGAGUCAAUCCAAGUCUGCCGAACCGAUACAAGAGCGACUGGCUCAGCCGCAUGUCGACCUGGCCAAAGUGUGGUGGAUCAUCUCUGAAGUCCUUCCGAACCAUCCCAGCUUACAGGGGUACGGCAACUCGUCCCCCGACGCGCAAGUCGGUAUGGCAAGACAAGCUGGAGACCAUGCGAGUGCGGAGGUUUUUGAUAUACAGAAUGCGAUUGCUCAUUACCUCAAAUUGCUGGUGGGGUCGAUGAAGAAGCACCAGAGCAUGCCUCCAACGCAAGCUCUUAUCCAGGGACAAGACCAGAAGAUCUGGGAGGAAUAUCCGACAUUCCCCGCAGACGCGGCGAGCGUGCUCACUUCCGGCCUUCCUGCUCCCAGCGGCAGCCAGUUUAGUCUAUCUCAGUACAUACCCCUCUCCGACACCAAGACCGACUUUUGCUAUUUCCGCAUGUUCGUCAAAGCCUCAGUGUCGACCGAUGACCCUGCCACCGAUCGCGUUCCGAUGGAUGCUGUUGUUUCUGUCAUGCGGUCUAAGGAGGAGUAUCAAGUCAAGUUGGCCAUCUGCAGCCAGAACAGCCUCAUCAACCUUCUGGUGGGCUCCGGAUCAGUACUUGGCUGGAAAGACGUCAACUGGAAGCAGCAGGUUUCACAACUUACUGUUCAAUUGAAGCACGGAUUUGUUCUGACACUUGCGCUGCACGAAAGUGACUUCCGUAGUCUCUGGUCUAUUGUCAACCACACGAACCGAGUCGAGUCAGACCUACGAGAACGGAGAGACGAGCGCUUUGCUUGCAAAUUGUACCUCCAGGAGGCGAGCUACCGGGAUCCUGCAAACCCAUCAGCAUGGCCAGGCGAUCGGAUUCAAGGCUGCAAGCUGAUGGUGUUCCAAAGGAUCGAACGAAGCAGUGAAGGUACAGGAAAGCGGAAAUUGCAUCGAGGCUACCGUAUGGUUCUGGUCACGCCGCAGCAAACUAAGCAAGUCAGCUUGAUCAACCAUGAGCUCGGAACAAAACAGGAGCCCAUGAACUUCGAAUACGUCACCGAAGCUAACCAGGCUCCGGCGUUGAGACUGCGAUUCCGUGAAGAGAGUGCGGAUAAGAAGCUGAGGACAUGUGCAGCUCACCUCGUUUUCCAGAGUGGCAGGGAUCGGAACGACCUCUUUGGUACAUUCACAUCCAUGAACGUCGCAGAGGGCGAGACUACAUUCGCCCAAGUAGCGCUCAAGGCUUUUCACAUUGAGAGUGCGGAUCAGUCAGAGGGCUUUACUUCGCAGGGUAGUCACGUGCUUGAGAAGCUGCAAUGGGUGGAAGCCAAGGUUAUGAACCUGGAUCCAGAAGCUGCAGGACUAGAAUCAGCACCUACUGUCAAGAGUGAGAGUUUGAGGAUCAUGUGUCGACACACAGCCGGUAUCAUCUCUGACCGCAUGAACUUGGGAUCAGGUGAACUUCUAGUCCGCCUCCCAGUCGACGGAGCCGCCGAACUCACACUCCUCCGCGAAGCUCAACAAGACAUGGCUGUAGCUGUCGACAGCAGCCGAACUGACCCCGCCGUUCCCGACGAACUAGCCAAGCUUCUGAAGACACUCACAAGCGCCUCGACAAUCCGACGACUGACCUUCAACUCUUUCAAUGACCUCCACACCUUCCAGUUGGCUGUUACCGGCUUCCACGUGAAAUUCGACGGUCUCGCAAACUCUUUCUCCAUCUCCCGUCGCCGCAUGGUCGUUCCUAUCUACAAGCAAUGGACCGCCACACGAAUCCGCCUGCAAAUCGUCGAACAAGACAACAUCAUCCAACUCCUCGCUUUCUUCGAAGACUUCUCUCACGCCGACGCCAUGAACUUCCAACUCCGCCUCACCGACACGUUCCAAAAGACUGACAAGAACGGUCAGUUCGGACUCAAACUUGUUGAUGCGAAGUUCGCUCUUCCGGUCGAUGAACGCAGGGGCGAGGGCAAGAUCCAGAAGGCGGAGGGCAGACUUACGGGUUGGUCUGGUACGAAGAGACGAUUUGUUUGUUUAGAUGAGAUUGAGUAUCCGGGCGAGCAUGAUGAUAUCCUCAUCAUGUUUGAUUCUGCUGAGACACGCGAUACCUUCGCUGAAGCCUUACCCGCUGCGACCAUGGAGCGCAAAUUUACCGUUCGAAGGAAGAUAUAA